AUGGGUGUGAGGUUCUGGGGGCGCUCCGUCUCUGGGCUGGGGCCCUGGCCGGGCCUCGGGGGCUUGGGUCCUGGUUGGUAUGUUGCUGGGGUUGUGGGCGGGUGGGUGUAUGGGGGCCCGGCCCUGGUGCAGGGUGCCGCCAGUGCAUCGAGCCACCUGGGGGGCUCUUCAACUGGUGGGGGAGGUUGUCACACCUUGCAGGAGCUCUCCUCUCUUCAGGAACUCAAUCUGCAGGAGGGGGAGAUACAGGAGAGGUGGGCUGUCCCGGGCUCUGUGGGGCUGUGCGGCGCUGCUGUUCUGGGCCCUUGUCUGGAUGGGCCUGGGCCCCCUUUCCCUGGCGGGUUGCGGAGUAUGGGGGUGCCUACUGGGAAAGAGAGAAUUGCACUGCUUUCAGAGGUUCAGAAGAGAAACAAUGACGAUAUAGUGACAAUGAAAAUGCAGAAGACUUUUUCGUACAGGAGGCAAGAAGUUAUUCAAGGACAGCCCUUCAUUGCAGAUUUUAAAAGCAGAUGGCCAGCUCUGUUCACCGAGAAAGAGAUUGACAAGGAAUUCCUGCGCAUAUCGACAGUACCGCUGCUAUCUAGAUUCUUUUAUGAGCUAGACUUGUACACUCCACGCAUGAUGGAGCUCUUUCAAGGCAAAGGUGGAGUGGCUGGCAGAAAAAUCAGACACAUCAUGGUGGCCAUCUCCAAGGAUGACACAAUACAUACAAGACGAGCAUGCAUCCUGAAGUCCUUGUGUGUCUACCUGAACGAAGACCAUGAGAAACUUGUGAAGGAAUAUACGGUCAGUUACAUUCACAACAUGUUCUGUGUUAUGUAAUUUGCUGCAGGAGU